AUGGUUUCCUUCCUCGCUAAGACAUACGCCGCUCUCGUCGCCGCUGCUUGCUUCUUCAGCAGCUCAAGUGCCUUGCCCACCGGUGCGGCCGACCUCAGCACGCGUGCUACCGCCGCCACUCCUGCUGCUCCUCACUUCGUCGUGUACACCGACGCCUGGAUCAAUGGGGAGAAUGGACCUCCGGACGUCUCCCAGUUGAAGGGAUACAACACCUACAUCAUGGGCUUUUGGCUCACGAACCGUGUUGCCGACCAGGCUUCAGAAUGGACGCUGAUCUCGGCGGACCAGCGCGCCUCGGUCAAGGCCGCGUACGCUGCGGCUGGUAUCAAGAUCAUGGUCAGUGCCUUCGGCCAGACCGACACUCCGACGACCAACGGCGCCGAUCCUGUGGCGACGGCGAACAGUCUCGCCGCAUGGGUCAAGCAGUACGGCCUUGAUGGUGUCGAUGUCGACUACGAGGACUUCACCGCGUUCAACGGCGGCACGGGUGUCAACUGGCUCAUCUCCUUCACGAAGCAGCUCCGCUCCCAGCUCCCCGCCGGCCAGUACAUCAUCACGCACGCUCCCGUCGCUCCCUGGUUCAAGGCUGGCUACGCCGGCGGAGGCUACCUCGCAGUCCAUCAGUCCGUCGGCUCUAUGAUCGACUGGUACAACAUCCAGUUCUACAACCAGGGUCAAUCUGAGUACACCGACUGCACCGGCCUCCUCACCGCUUCUGGUGGACAGUACCCCGGCUCUUCCAUCUUCGAGAUCUCCGCGAACGGUGUUCCCCUCAGCAAGCUCGUCAUCGGUAAGCCCGCCACGGCGGCUGAUGCCCCGAGCGGCGGCUACAUGGCUCCUUCUACGCUGGCUACCUGCGUCGCUACUGCCGCUGGCAAGGGCUGGAACGGCGGUGUCAUGGUAUGGGAGUUCCCCGACGCGACCGCCGCCUGGAUCCAGACCGUCCGCGGCUCGACCUUCCCCAUCAGCGGCGGCAGCCCCCCGCCCCCGCCC